AGAAAUUCCGUUCUAAAAAGGUCUAGUCACGCCAACAUACUAUAUAAGCGCAAAUUUGAUUAAAUGAUUUACAUUAAUUUUUUUUUUUAUUUUAUUUAUCCGACUGAUAAUUAUUUCGAAAAAAAAAAAAUAUGGAUUACGAGCUCACUCAAAAUUUAUCUAAUGAUAUAUCAAAUUUACGUAAAGAUACCAGCAAUUGUGACGUAAAAAUUAGAGUUGGAAAAGAGCCAAAUAUUAAAGAAUUUAAGGCACAUUCUCUUAUUUUAUCUUCUAGGUCAAUUUAUUUUAAAAAAGCAUUUUCUGCACAAUGGGCAAGGAAAGAAGAUGGAUUUUUUAUUUCUAAUCAACCUAAUAUUUCUCCUACAGUAUUUGAAAUCCUUAUAAAUCAUAUUUAUUCAGGGACAUUUUCCAUUGAAAAUAAUGAAAGUCUUGUUGAUGUUAUAAUUGCGUCCGACGAACUUGAAUUACUCGAAAUUUAUCAACAACUCGAGAAGCAUUUACUUGAAAAUGAAUCGGAUUGGAAAUUUCCAAAAGAUUUUAUUACGCUUUGUCAAUUUCGUCAUGAUGAUCAUUUCAGCAAUUUAUAUCAAGUUGCAAUAGAUUUAGUAUGUAGGAAACCUCAUCUUAUUUUUAAAUCAAAAGAAUUCUUAAAAAUGGAAGAAGAUCAUCUAAUUGAGAUUUUGAAACGGGAUGAUCUUAAGCUAGAAGAAAUUGAAAUUUGGGAUUAUUUAAUUAAAUGGGGAAUUAAAAACACAGAUUCUAUUAAUAAUUUAUCAAAAUGGACUUCAAAUGAUUUCACAGAACUAGAAAAAACUCUACAUAAUUGCAUUCCUUACAUUCGAUUUUCUCAAAUGCCUCCUAACGUAUUUAAUAUAGUUAGUACUCAAUUUAAUGGUAUUCUACCAAAGGAUCUUGUUGAUGAUGUUCUUCAAUAUUUUUCAGAUCCUAAUUCUAAACCUUUACUAAAAAAUUUGCCUUUAAGAGUAACAGUAUAUCCUUUUGACUCAAAAAUAAUUAAUGCUAAAGAUGCAGCAUUAAUAUCAAGUUGGAUUGAUAAGAAAAAAGGAACGCCUUAUCAUUUAAGAGAUAUACCUUUUAGAUUUGUGCUUAUUUAUCGUGCUAGUCUUGAAGAGUUUAAAUUUUUUCAUAACAGAUGCGAUAAUAAGGGACCAACUGUCGUUAUCAUCAAAGUUCGAAAUUCAGGAGAAAUAAUUGGCGGAUAUAAUCCGUUGGAAUGGCGUAGUAUUAAAUUAAAUGGCGAAGACAUGCCAUCUAAUAAUAGUGAAUUUUAUAAUAAUCAUAAAUGUAAAACUUCAGAUAGUUUUAUAUUUUCAUUAUUUUCAUCAACAAAUGGAGUAAUUCCUACAUUAAGCCGAGUCUCCUCUAAAAAAGAAGCGAUCAUCUGGUGUAAAGACAAAGGACCUUGCUUUGGUUUACAAGAUUUGUGGAUCCAGAGUAGUUCAAGAUCUGGUAGGAGUAAACAAAAAUCUUAUGAGAAGACAAUUAUUAAUAAAGAAACCUUUGAGAUAGAAGAAUAUGAAGUAUAUCAAAUUAUUGAUACGAGAUUCUCUUAUUACGAAUUUAUUAAGAGAAUAUUUAACGAAGAACAAAAAUUAUUAGAUAAUUGUAUAAUAUAGAAAUAUUCAUUAUACAUUAGAAAUAUUAUAUCUCAAUGAUAGAUUUUUUAAGUUAUUUGAAAAUGUUUAUACUACUUAUAUAGAAAAUAGAUAUGUAUGGUAAUUAUAUUAAAAUCUUUUUAAAAUACGCCUAAAAAAAAAAUAGUAAUGAUUAUAAGCUUAUAAUACUCUUAGCUCUUAUCAAUAUCAGUCCUCCGUAAUACUAUCGUUUUAAUGUCUUCUAUUUAUUGGAGUUAUGCAGAUAAAUUGAUCAACUAUAAAAUAUGGGAUCAAUCAUGCUGUAAGCGGUAAGCUUAUAACUUCCUAAUCUAUAUUAGCUAUAUAAUAAGAGAAAGUCUUAAAUUAAAAUAUUGUACUCAUAAAUAUAAUACUGCAAUUUCUAUGAAUAUAUUAUAUUAUACCA